CACCCAAUCACUCCAAAAAUUUCAUACCAACUCCAACAUACUGCCCGCCACCUACUCUACGUUUACCACUCAAAGCUACCGGAAGAAAUGGCGUCGGAAGCUCCGGCAACCGCAGCUAACUACUGGGGCGAUAUGCCGGAGGAAGAGUACUAUGCCUCUCAAGGAGUGCGCAAUUCCAAAUCUUACUUCGACACACCCAACGGCAAGCUCUUCACUCAAUCAUUUCUCCCCCUUGACCCAAAUGUGUCUCCUAAGGGCACUGUUUACAUGACCCAUGGAUAUGGAUCCGAUACUGGUUGGCUAUUUCAGAAGAUAUGCAUCAGUUAUGCAACUUGGGGUUAUUCUGUGUUUGCUGCCGAUCUGCUCGGACACGGCCGCUCCGAUGGAAUCCGAUGCUACGUUGGAGACUUGGAGAAGAUCGCUUCUACUUCCUUGUGCUUUUUCAAGAGCGUAAGGAAUAGCGAUGAGUACAAGGAUUUACCGGCGUUUCUGUUCGGGGAAUCUAUGGGUGGGCUAGCUACUCUGCUCAUGUACUUCCAAUCGGAGCCGGAUACUUGGACCGGGUUGAUCUUCUCCGCCCCGCUUUUCGUCAUUCCUGAGCCUAUGAAGCCUUCUAAGGUACAUUUAUUCAUGUAUGGGCUGCUAUUUGGAUUUGCCGAUACAUGGGCAGCUAUGCCAGACAAUAAAAUGGUGGGCAAGGCUAUCAAGGACCCUGAGAAACUGAAAAUAAUCGCAAGCAAUCCCAGGAGAUACACUGGGAAGCCAAGGGUUGGAACUAUGAGGGAGAUUGCUAGGCAAUGUGAAUACGUCCAAAACAAUUUCCGCAAGGUGACUGCUCCCUUUUUUACAGCGCAUGGUACCUCAGAUGGUCUUGCAUGCCCUACGGGCUCAAAAUUGUUGUAUGAGAAGGCAAGCAGUGAGGACAAGACCCUCAAGAUUUACGAUGGAAUGUAUCAUUCCUUGAUCCAAGGGGAGCCUGAUGAUGCUGUCACUCUUGUUUUAGGUGAUAUGAGGGCUUGGAUUGAUGAGAGGGUUGAGAAGUAUGGUCCAAAAAUCAAUGGCUCUACAUAAUAAUACUCUUCAACUUUGAACUCUGCUUAAUCCAUGUAUUCUUUGGUGCUUGACCCCAAAUUUGGUAGUUGAGCGUAUCAUAUCCUUUGCAGAAACCAUAGUAUUUUUAAUUACUAUUCGUCCGAGAUAUUCUCUCUA